CGUGCGCCGUUCGUGUUGGGUCACAAUGAAGCUGCCUGCAGCCAUGUUCCUGAUCAUGGUCAGCGUGUGGCUGCCAGUAGGUGCAAACUCUGCUCAGUACUUCUGCGGCAGAACUCUGUCCAAUGCUUUGGCGAGUCUGUGCCGGACACACAACAUCGGCAAGAGAUCCAGCAUGGAUGUGGUUGUGAACUAUAUCCAGGAGACCGGGUGGCCCUGGUUGCCUCCACAGGCUAAGGCCUUCAAGAAGAAGAGAAACGUCUCCGGGGUGGCCACUGAAUGCUGCGAGAAACCCUGCACCUUUGACGAACUGCUCGCUUACUGUUAAAGUAUCCUCUCUCCUCUAAAAGUCCCUUUAUUAUUCCUACCUCUUAAUUUACUUAUUACUGUAAUCUCUUCCAAUAUGUAAGCUUAUUAAACAAUUUAUUAUUAAACUCUGGAUGUAAUUAAGAUUAUCUUACUAUGUGUUUAGGUGUAAUUAACAUAAGGUCGAGCCCGUAGCAUAAGAUUAGAAAGUAAUUAGUAGUGAAUAUAAUACUCUCAUGUAAAUAUUCGUGGAUAUUAUCUUACACCAUAGAUUGUAGACCUACUUAUCUGUGUUCGUUUAUAAGUAAUAAAGUAUAUUAUGUAAUCCCCGAUAA